AUGGAGGAUCAGAGCCGGAUGAUACAGUCUCUGAGCGGCGUGAGUCUGACCGGACACUCGGUGCAGGGAGCCGUCGGACUGCCUCUGCCCCACAUCCACGACUGUACCGACGGGGACGGAAGGAACCAAGACAUCGGGAGUAUUCUGCAUCAGAUCAUGACCAUCACUGACCAGAGUCUGGAUGAAGCGCAGGCAAAGAAACAUGGAUUGAACUGCCACCGGAUGAAGCCUGCACUCUUCAGCGUCCUCUGUGAAAUCAAAGAGAAAACAGGUCUGAGUAUCCGUGGAGCCCAGGAAAUCGAGUCUCCAGAUGCCCAGCUGAUGAGGCUGGAUAACAUGCUGCUGGCAGAGGGGGUGGCUGGACCAGAGAAGGGGGGUGGAGCAGCAGUGGCUGCAGCCACAGCAGCUGCAGCGGGCGGUGUAACUGAUAACUCCAUCGAACACUCCGACUACAGAACCAAGCUGACACAGAUCAGACAGAUAUAUCACACAGAGCUGGAGAAAUAUGAACAGGCCUGCAAUGAGUUCACCACCCACGUCAUGAACCUGCUGAGAGAGCAGUCACGGACGCGACCCAUCUCACCCAAAGAGAUUGAGCGCAUGGUGAACAUCAUUCACAGCAAGUUCAGCUCCAUCCAAAUGCAGCUGAAGCAGAGCACCUGUGAGGCCGUCAUGAUCCUGCGCUCCAGGUUCCUGGAUGCUAGGCGGAAAAGACGGAACUUCAGCAAGCAGGCCACAGAAAUCCUGAAUGAAUAUUUUUAUUCACACCUGAGCAACCCGUACCCCAGCGAGGAGGCCAAAGAGGAGCUGGCUAAAAAGUGCAGUAUCAAUGUUUCCCAGGUUUCUAACUGGUUUGGGAACAAGAGAAUCCGGUACAAGAAGAACAUCGGCAAGUUCCAGGAGGAGGCCAAUUUGUAUGCAGCAAAGACAGCAGUGACGGCAUCCCAGGCAGUAGCUGCUGUCCACAACAGUCAGGAUGACUCUCCUACCACACCCAACUCAGCAGGUUCUCCUGGUUCUUUUAACCUCCCAAACUCAGGGGACAUGUUCAUGAGCAUGCAGAGUGUUAAUGGGGCCUCUUACCUGGGGGCUCAGGUUGGAGCCAAUGUGCAGUCCCAGGGGGAUUCCACACACCAUGUUAUCAGUCAGACAGGAUUCAGUGAUGGCCCCCGACAUCCACUGUACAGUUCACAUGGCCUCAACGUUAAUGGGAGCUGGCAGGAUGCCUCCAGACCUCCUUCAGUGACCUCCCCUAACGAGGGGCCGGCCAGCGCACACUCAAAUACAGAUACCUCAAACUGA